GGGGGCGGGAUGUGAUUUAAACAUUUCGUUGUUGUCGACUGCACUGAACACAGCCGAUCUGACGCGAUGGCCUCUCAGAAUAUGGACCCCGCGGCAGCCUCGUCCACAGCAGCGCUGAAGGGCAGCGAAACUAGCGGAAGCGUGUCGAAAGGAUCCGUCACUAAAAGGCUUCAACAAGAGCUGAUGACGCUAAUGAUGUCCGGAGACAAGGGCAUAUCAGCGUUUCCAGAGUCUGACAAUCUCUUCAAAUGGAUUGGCACAAUAGAUGGAGCUCAAGGAACGGUUUAUGAAGGUUUGAGGUACAAACUUUCACUGGAGUUUCCUAGCGGGUACCCCUACAACGCCCCUCGGGUGAAAUUCAUCACUGCAUGUUUCCACCCAAAUGUUGAUGAGAAUGGCUUCAUCUGCCUAGACAUUUUAAAGGACAAGUGGUCUGCACUAUAUGAUGUCCGCUCCAUUCUAUUGUCCGUUCAGAGUUUAUUAGGAGAACCCAACAAUGAUAGUCCAAUGAACUCUGCGGCUGCUGAACUAUGGGAUGAUCAGGAAGCCUUCAAAGCCCAUUUGCACGCAACCUACAAGAACUGACCAUGAACAUUAACAUCUGCCUCUUGUUUUAUGUGUCUGUUCUUGUUCGUAAUAAUGUACAUUUUCUGUAAUGGUCUCUGUGUAUAUUAUUUCCAUGUAUUAAACUUGCCUGAAUAAAAUGCUGAUUGAAUUGAGUUUGUGUCC